GCUAAACCUUUUUUCUUGAGGGGUAAGAAAACAUGCCUAUUAAAAUAAAAAUCGACCGAUGAAGAGUCCAGAGGACUCCAGCCAGACUCAACAUUGCUUCUCUCUCUCUCUCUUUCUCUCGGGUUUUCAGGAGGUUUUGAGUUAAGAAGCCAUGGGAUCUGUUAUUUCUUCGAUCGUUUCUGAAAAUCCCAAAUCCUCUUCUGCCUCGUCAAACCCGACGACCCUGAUCCCAAAACCCCCCGAAGCAAAUCAAUCUUCAGUUCCCAAAUCCCCCGAAACAGAUCAAUCCUCAGUUCCCAAAUCCCCCGAAACAGAUCAAUCCUCAGUUCCCAAAUCCCCCGAAACAGAUCAAUCUACGGAACCAGGGAAGCAAGAGUCUGAAGAAGAAGAAGAAGAAGAAAAAGGAGAGUGUGGGUUUUGUGUUUUCAUGAAGGGAGGCGAGUGCAAAGAUGCGUUCACGAAUUGGCAAGAUUGCAUCAAGGAACUUGAAACUGAAAAUACAGACAUCGUUAAAAAGUGCUUUGAUGAGACUUCGUCUUUGAUGAAGUGCAUCAAGGAGCAUCCCGAUUAUUAUGGACCGAUUUUGAGAGCCGAGAAGGAACUGGAGAAAGAUGCCAAGGACUCCGAACGUAUGGAAAAAGAAAUGGCUGAUGAUUUCAAGGAUCCCGAGACGACUGCCCAAUCAGAUGGUUAGAAAAUUGUUGAUUUUUUUUGUUGUUCUAAAUUGAUAGAGGUCUCCGAGUCACCUAGUUACUUCAGACAAUGUGAUUGAUAAUUGGGUUAACUUUG